UGCAGCAACGCUGCCGAGGCAGGGAAAGUCGCCGUUCUAAUUGAGACCACCGCAUCCGAUGGCCUUGUCACUCUUUCUACACAACUGAUCACAUCACUUCGGUGCGUUGCGGAACCGCUGGUCUUCUCCGAUCUCGAGCAGACCAUAGGUCGCCAUAAGAUCCAUAAUGUUUUGUCAAGGGUGGCGCCCGACGCUCAGGCUGACAAUCCGGACUUUGAUCUGUACCGCAUGCAGCAGGAACUCUUAGUAGUAGGUCAGGAGAAGACGCUUCUCUCUUCGCACGCAGUGAAUCAGUCCGCCGUAAUCAACAUGCACAGAUACAAAUACCUACACAUGGUCGAGCUUGCAUGGAAGCUACAGCCACACAGGGACUGGUAUGUUAUCAUCAAUCAUGACACUUAUCUAAGCUGGCCCAAUCUGCUGCGUUUUCUGAGCUACUACGACCCCAAACAACCUUGGUAUCUUGGCCGUCCGGAGAAGACACUUGACGGCUCAGCGCCGCGCUACUACGGACUUGGAGACGCCGGCUUCAUCCUGUCUGGUGCUCUUGUUCGCGCGUGGAACGUGAACCACAAGGGUCUGGCGAGCCGCUAUGACUUGAGACUGCGUGAGGAGCCGUGGAGCGGUGACUUCCUUGUCGCCAAAGCGCUGCUCGACGACCUCAAGACUAGGCUGACAGAUGUGUUACCCAUAUUGCAACCUAACGAGCCGGCUGCCGUGCCCUUCAACGACGAGACAUGGUGCAAGCCUGCCAUCACUCUGCAUAAAUUGGACUCGAGGCAACUGGACGCCAUGCAUCAAGUAGAAAUGUCAAUGGGCGGCGAUGGCAUUCUUUUUCGGGAUGUUUACAAUACAUCGUACUUCGCAGGCUUUCCAUUUGAGCGCGCAGACUGGGACAACCUCGCAGAAGACUCAGGGUAUGCCCUCGCCGUCGUCCCGAACGAUCCUGAACGGGCCAGGGGCCAAUGGGAGCCUAAGGACCUGAUCAACCCGCACCAGAACUUCAUGGCCUGCGAGCUGGCGUGCAUCCAACAUGACAGGUGCUUUCAGUUUUCGCUCUUAACCAAA